AUUUUAUAACCUGAAACAAAUAAGAGUCUAAUGAAAUAUUUUUCAACAGAAACGUGCGGUGGAAGAGGAUGAGGAGGACAGCUCCAUAAUGACGCUGUUACAGCAGGAGGAGGAUGAAAUUCUCCCCGAGGAGCACUUCCUCACUGUCAUCAAUAGGUAUGCUCCGAAACCCUGGACUCCUCUAAGAGAGUUGAUGGAGGGUACGCCUUACCCUAUUGAGGACGUGAGGGAGGUCUGCAAUCAACAUGGACGUCGCGUGGUGCUCAAGAUCCGGCUGUCAGGUCAGAGAACAACAGAUGUUUACAUACCUGAACGUUUCACGCAGAUCUUGACCUCCAAAGACAUCCAAAAUUUUAAAAGUAAAUGCAAAUCAUUGUUACUGUUUGUGAAACAUAUUAAUCAGUACAUGACUGACAUAAACAUUGUUAAAAUGCAUAAAAUUUAAAUCAUGAUAAUUAUAUUACCAGUUAACAUUUUA